CACGACAUGUGUCCGCGUCACACUGUCACGUAAGCUCACAAGAAAGAACUAAACAACGAGAAGUGCCUCUUAACACUUGGACAUCUCUCCAGCUGCCUCGUCGCGCCCGGACACUUCCAGUUGCAGCAUAAAAAGAAGCCAGACAUCCUCCUCUUCCUAACUUCAGCUUGGCUCGCGGCGGGACGCCACCAGAGAAGAGGAACAACGUCGAGGCAGACGAACAACGUUUUUUUUUUCUUCUCGAUGGCGGAGACGAGGCGGUGGGAGCUGGCGGCUCACCGGAGGCUGGAGAAGGGGAAGGUGGUGGGCGUGGUGGUGCUGGACGGCUGGGGCGAGGCGGCGCCGGAUACCUUCAACUGCAUCCACGUCGCCGACACCCCAACCCUCGACGCCCUCAAGAAGGGUGGUCCGGAGAGGUGGAGGGUGAUCAAGGCUCACGGGACGGCGGUGGGGCUGCCUACGGACGACGACAUGGGCAACAGUGAGGUUGGCCACAACGCGCUUGGAGCAGGCCAGAUAUAUGCCCAGGGUGCAAAACUGGUAGAUAUGGCGCUAGCCUCUGGAAAGAUAUACGAGGGGGAAGGUUUUAAGUACAUCCAACAGUCCUUCGAGAACGGUACUUUGCACCUCAUUGGCUUGCUCAGCGAUGGAGGAGUACAUUCAAGGAUUGAUCAGCUGCAGCUGCUUCUAAAAGGAGCCAGUGAGCAUGGAGCGAAAAGGAUACGGGUUCAUAUACUUACAGAUGGCCGUGAUGUGUUGGACGGUAGCAGUGUCAAGUUUGUGGAAUUGAUUGAGAAUGACCUUGCUAAAUUACGGGAUAAGGGUGUGGAUGCAAGAAUUGCAUCUGGUGGUGGCAGGAUGUAUGUCACGAUGGACCGUUAUGAGAAUGACUGGCAAGUUGUGAAGCGUGGUUGGGAUGCACAGGUUCUCGGUGAAGCGCCACAUAAGUUUCAAAACGCCCUUGAAGCUGUGAAGAAGCUCAGGGAGGAUCCAAAGGCCAAUGACCAGUAUUUACCGCCAUUUGUUAUAGUUGACGAAAGAGGAAGACCGAUUGGCCCUAUAAUGGAUGGGGAUGCUGUUGUGACAUUUAAUUUCAGAGCAGACCGGAUGGUCAUGCUUGCAAAGGCACUAGAAUACGAGAGUUUUGACAAAUUUGAUCGUGUCAGGUUCCCCAAGAUUCGCUAUGCCGGUAUGCUUCAGUACGACGGUGAGCUAAAACUUCCGAGCCAUUUUCUUGUUGCUCCCCCAGAGAUAGAGAGAACGUCUGGCGAAUACUUAGCGCGCAAUGGCAUACGCACAUAUGCUUGCAGUGAGACAGUCAAAUUUGGUCACGUCACUUUUUUCUGGAAUGGAAACCGGUCUGGCUACUUCCACCCAAACCUGGAAAAAUACGAAGAAAUUCCAAGUGACAUUGGUAUCCCCUUCAAUGAACAGCCAAAAAUGAAGGCCGUGGAAAUUGCGAAGAAGACAAGGGAUGCCAUCCUGAGUCGCAAAUUUGAUCAGGUAAGGGUAAACAUCGCAAAUGGAGAUAUGGUUGGUCACACAGGCGACAUUGAAGCUACUAUCGUUGGGUGCAAGGCAGCUGAUGAAGCUGUUAAGAUUGUUCUCGAUGCGAUAGAACAAGUAGGUGGCAUUUUCGUGGUCACCGCAGACCAUGGCAAUGCGGAGGACAUGGUGAAAAGAGAUAAAUCUGGCAAACCGCUUCGCGACAAGGAUGGAAAUGUCCAGCCCCUCACCUCACACACUUUGAAUCCAGUUCCCAUCGCCAUUGGAGGCCCUGGGCUUCAACCAGGGGUAAGAUUUCGGUCAGAUCUCCCCAGUGCCGGCCUUGCCAACGUUGCGGCAACAGUCAUGAAUCUUCAUGGCUUCGAGGCCCCAGAUCACUAUGAGCCUACGCUGAUCGAAGUUGUCGACAAAUGAUGACUAAUUUGACUACGGAGUACUAGUGAAUAGUAGUGACUGGUGAUAUACUGAUAUCUGCUCCUCUUCGCCACGACGAGAUUGUUUCUCUCUGUAGUUCCCACGUGUUUUGAGACUUGGAGAAAGAUGCACAGCUUCUCCGUUUCUGGAAGGGCUGCAGACAAACCAAUGAAUUCGCUUUCCAGUUUUGCUGGUGGUUGCGUUGCGUAGCAGGAUGAUUCCUGGCAGCAAAUAAAUGCUAUGCGUGUGGUAAAUAAACGCUGCUACUAUGCUGUAUUUUUUGACAAUCUGUUCCUCUCAGGACUUGCACUUUAGUACUGGGCAAAGUCUUUGAUGAUGGUCUAUGGGCCCCGGUAAAAUUUUUCAACUUGUCACAUUGAAUGUUGGAUACAUGCAUAGAGUAUUAAAUAUAGGAAAAAAAAACUAAUUACACAGGUUACGUGUAAAUUA